CAUGCUAAGUUUUCUGCCUCUUUGUUCCAACAUACAGCAUACAGAGCUGCAGGGUUUGGAACACACCUCUCCCUGGUACCCACCAGACCAGGGUGGCAACACACACAAGGAAGAAAUGUGUCAGCACAGCGAGCAAAACCUAAGGCUGCAGCAAAAACUCACUAGGAGAACACGGUCAGCUCUACCGACAAGACGGAAUUAUCUGGCAGGGGAGGAGUGCCCAGGACAGCUGUAUAUAUAUAGAGGUGGUACUGAUUGAAUGGCUGCAGGUGUGCCUUGUCAGUCCCGUCGGCCAAGCCCUGCAGAGGGGGAGGAACAAAGAGACUUCCUGUCAUGUAGGUGGAGUCCCUUCAUCUAGAAAGUGUUCAACGAAAAACUGUCGACCACAAACUAGACCUGCAUCUUCCUGUUACUGGACAUGGAUCUGUGUUUACCACUUCUGCUUUUGCUGAUGGGUACAAAUGGCUUGUGUCAACAAGAGGAAGUUUGCUCAAAGUCUGUGAUCAACUCUUGUCGGGACUGUAUGAGAUCUGGGCCAUACUGCGUGUGGUGCAAACAGCUGAAUUUCACCAAACCAGGUGAACAGGAAGCAGUACGCUGUGAUACCCGAGCUAAGUUGAUAGGGAGAAGCUGCGAGGAGGAUGAAAUCAUCUCCCCUAAGAACAGUCUGACAAUUGUCAAGGAAGAUCCUCUGUCAUUGUCAUUCAUCCAGCAAGAACCUGUCCAGCUGAGACCACAGAAGAUUAGUCUGAGACUGCGACCUGGGCUUUCUACUACUUUCAAUGUUUUUUUUAAAAGAGUUCAGGGUUAUCCAGUUGAUCUCUAUUACCUGAUGGACCUGUCUUACUCCAUGAAAGAUGACUUGGAAAAUGUCAAAGAACUUGGAAAAGAUCUUUUCGCAGCUCUGAAAAGCAUCACUGAACAUGGACAAAUAGGGUUUGGUGCCUUUGUUGAUAAGACGGUCCUUCCUUACACUAACACCAAUGAGAAGAAACUCCAGAGGCCAUGUGAUGAGGCUGACCAACAGUGUCAGGCUGCCUUUGGCUACAGACAUGUGCUUAGUAUGACAAACAGCGAGCUGGAGUUCAAAAGAAAAGUGACCGAGCAGUCAAUUUCUGGGAACUUGGACUCUCCUGAAGGAAGUCUCGAUGCCAUGAUGCAGGCUGCUGUAUGUGGGGACAAAAUAGGUUGGAGAAACAGUAGCACUCGGCUGAUUGUGCUGACCACUGAUGCUGGAUUCCAUAUGGCUGGGGAUGGAAAGCUGGCUGGCAUACUGGAACCCAAUGAUGAACAUUGCCACAUGCAAAACAACCUUUAUACCAAGAGCACUGAGAUGGACUACCCCUCUGUUGGACAACUAGCUAUGCAGUUAGCAAAAAACAAUAUUCAGCCUAUAUUUGCAGUGACAGAGAACGUUGAGAUUGUUUACAAGCAACUUCAGCAAAUGAUUCCAAACUCAGAGGUGGGAGUUCUGUCAAAAAAUUCAGAUAAUGUUGUCAGACUGAUUCAAGAGGCCUACCAUAAACUGUCCUCAAAAGUAACUUUGACCCACGGCAAUCUCCCUCCCAAUGUAAGUGUUGUCUACACCCCUAAAUGUGCUUAUGCAGGAUCAGCAAUGGCGAGUGAAGGGGUUUGUGACAAAGUAGUAGCAGGAGAGGAGAUUUAUUUUGAAGUCACUGUGACGGUGGCCUCGUGUAUGAAGAACACAGCGUCUUUCACUAUCAGACCACAGGGCAUCAAAGAUACAUUGACAGUGACCUUAUCUACAAACUGUGAGUGUGAAUGUGAAGACCCUGAAAAAAGUGACCACCCACACUGCAAAGGCAAGGGAAGAGUCAGUUGUGGUAUUUGCAGCUGCAAUGAAGGCUUCGUUGGUCAAUUCUGCGAAUGCUCCAUUGGCAAUAAAGAUGAGCACUCCCUGCGAGCAUCAUGUCGGAGGCAAAAUGGCACCGAGUGUGAGGGUCAAGGAGAUUGUGUGUGUGGCAGGUGCCAGUGCCAUACCACAGAGAGUGGAAGCAGUUACCAUGGUGACUUCUGCGAAUGUGAUGAUGAACAUUGUGAGAAGUCCCACAAUAAACUAUGUGGAGGAAAUGGAAAGUGCAACUGUGGCAAAUGCGAAUGCUUUCCAGGCUUUGAGGGCUCAGCCUGUCAGUGCAGGACGUCUUCUGAGGGGUGUCGCACACCUAACAACACUGUGUGCUAUGGCAGAGGGACCUGCAAGUGUGAUCAGUGUGAGUGUAAUGAAGGAUACCAGCGCCCAAAAUGCCAUGAAUGCCUUGGUUGCCCUGACCCUUGCCAGACCAAAUUGAACUGCAUUGAAUGCCUUGGCUUUGGUUCAGGUCCCUUUAAAAAAAACUGCACUGUGGCUUGCACCACGAGCAUCACUUAUGAGAUGGUAGAUCAGUUCCCCAUAGCAAGCAAGCAGUGCCACCAGAAGGACACAGAGGGUUGCUGGAUCACAUUUAAGCUGGAGCAGCUGGUCGGAGAGGACUACUAUAAAGCUGAAAUUCUGAAAGAGAGAGAUUGUCCUGAACCACCUAGCGUCACAGCUAUCAUUGGAGGCUCCAUUGCAUCUGUGGCUCUCAUUGGUAUUGUGCUCCUGAUGCUCAUCAAGUUAUUGCUCUACAUGAAGGACCUGAAAGAGUACCGAAAAUUUGAAAAUGAAAAGAAGAAAUCCAAGUGGGCAGAGGCUGACAACCCGCUGUUCAAAAAUGCCACCACCACUGUGGCAAAUCCAACCUUCACUGGAGAGUGAUGGCCUCCCUUUCAGCACUGGAUGUUCAGUACAUCACUGUUUUGUUAAUGGUCAGAUAUGAAAUGUACAAAUAUCCACAUAUAUUCUGGCUUUCGUGUUGAUUUGCCUUUUUUCUUAAUAAUGAAAUACUGCCAUUUACUGUCUAUAUAAUUGUUGGUGCAUUGUUUUUCUUUAAUUAUUAUGCCAAAAAGAUAUUAUUUUUUCUCAUUUCUUAUAAUACUUAGAUUUUAGAUAUCAUGUUAUAUAAUGUAGCUUAUAACGUAUACAGUAAGGGAGUUGGUCGUGUCAAAAUAUAUAUAUACUAGAUGUAUUACUUUUAGGACAAAGAUGCUCAUUUGAUAGCUCAAAACUCUUAAAAGCUCAAAACUUUUUCUGUUCAUGUAGUACACACUUUCAGUGAUUGCUUAAAUGAUUCCUUUAAAGUUAGGUUUCGAACAAAAUUGGGUUUUGAAAAUGUUGUAAAACCCAAACAGUGAGCCAGGAGAGCUCUUUCAUGCCUCUUUUCACAUUAAAAAUUGCAUCCAACCUCUCAUUCUUUUCUGUAUGCCUCUUAAAGUAUUAAAGUACAGACUAUUUGUUGACAUAA